AUGGGCCUGUCUGCUCAAGCAUGCAUCGACUUCGUCAAUAAAGCUCGCCAUCGAACACUCACUCGGGAAGAGCGACUUGACAUUCUUCGCCUUCUCGCAUAUUUUGUUGGAGAAGGCGUCUCUGAGGUGUCCCAAAGAGUCGCCACAGCUCUCGGCCGCAGCCAUGAUGUGGUCAAGGCUAUUGUUCGUAAAUACAACACACUCGGAACAGUGACUGUUGCGACUCCUGCAGCGAAUCGCACCAACAAAACCCACGAGGUAUCCGCUCUCCGUGCAGUACAGCGCUUUCUGCAGCGCCUUGGCUACAAGCGUGGCAAGAAGAAGGGUUGUAUGUCAUAUCACUUGUCCACAAAGAACGCCCUACUCUGCGACGAGUACGUACGGCGCUUGCAGUCGCAUGCUGUGUCGACGAUGCCGCCACCGGUUGUGUACAUGGACGAAUCAUUCAUUCACCAUCACUGCAAGUGCCAUAAUGACAGCCUCUAA